AUGCUUUAACCUAUCAAAUGGGCUUAGAUUAAUACUCCCUGUUGGAUUUUCAAUGACCAUAAAUUAAUACCUGGGGUUAUACUUUAGGUUUCCCCCUUCUUGAUUAGCACAGCUGAAGGUAAUAUAGCUGAUUCCAAAAAUGUGUAUUAACGAAGUUUAGAUAAUUUAUAAGAACUCGAGGAUUUGAUUGAUCUAUCGAUUUUGAAUGAGGCUGAAGUUCUUAACGCUUUGCAUCAUAAAUUUUAACAAAAAAAAUUUCAAAUUUUUUGCGGAGCAUCUUUUCUCAUCAUCAAUCCUUUUCAUAAAGAAAACACAAAAUCUCAACAACUGCAUUAAAUUGCUCAAAAUGCUUAUCAUCAAAUGACUGACCUACCUUAAUCAAUUAUAAUGAUUGGAGAAUCAGGAUCAGGAAAGUCUGAAAUCAGCAAAUAAAUUUAAUUAUAGCUGUCCAAAUUUGGGAAUUUUCACACUAAAGUUCUGGCUUGCAAUUAAAUUAUCGAAGCCUUUGGAAAUGCCAAAACACAAAGAAAUUCGAAUUCAUCUCGUUAUGGAAGAGUCACAAAAAUGCUGUUUGAUAAAGAUUAUAAGUUAUGCGGAGUUCAUUUAAGUGCAGUUUCCCUUGAAAAAUCACGCAUAUAUAAUGUACCAUAAGGAGAAUGCAAUUUUAACAUAUUAUAUUAAUUCUUAAAUCAUGGAUAAUUGGCUUUAUUUAAUAUCAAUACUAAUCAAUAAUAAAACUUGAUUCCAAAUCCAUUGAAUUCCAAAGCAUAUUAAUAAUAAUCUUAGAAAGAAGCACAACAAUUUUAAGACACACUGGAUGCUCUGAAACUAUUCAAUAUAAAUAUUGAUGUAAUUUUAGGGAUAUUGGCUUGCAUAAUUAAAUUGGGUAAUAUAUAAUUCGACGAUCAUGAUAGUGAUUGUUCAAUUCAAGAUUUGAAAUCCAUUCUAUAGAUUAGUCAAUUGCUUGGGAUUUCAGACAAAGAAUUAAUAAGGUGUUUGUGUUAUAAGCAGAGAUAAUUGCUGAAAAAUGAAGUGGUUGAUACUCCAUUAAGUAGAAUAGAAUGUAUAAAUCAACAAUAGAAUAUCAUCAAGCAAUUAUAUGAAAGACUAUUUGAAUUCUUGAUUGAUUCAAUUAAUUGUUAGAUGUCUACAUAAGUAAAUAAGUACUAAAUCAGCAUAAUCGAUUAUUUUGGAUUUGAAUAAAAUAUUGUAAAUGGUUUUGAGUAAUUACUAAUCAACUAUUCUUAAGAAAAGUUGCACUAAUUUUAUCUUUUUGAUACUUUUCUAUGCGAUUCAAAAAUAUUCUAAUAGGAGGGAUUGAGCAGCAAUCAAGGGCCAAUUAAUUAUAUGAAUAAUCUACCAAUUUUGGAAAGUUUAGAGAGACCUCCUUUGGGAAUCUUGAAUAUAUUAGAUGAUAGUUGCACUGUGGCUGGCACUGAUGAAACCUUUUUAACUAAGGUUAAGAAUGCCUUUGUGAACAAUCAAAUAAUUACAUAUCCAAAAUCUUAAUCCCAACCAAUAUUUAAGGUUCGACAUUUUGCAAGAGAAGUUGAGUAUAAUGUUAUUGGGUUUCGUAUUAAGAAUAAAGAUGAAGUUAAUAAAUAGUUUUAAAUUCUGCUUUAAAAAUCCAAGAAUUAAUAUAUAUCAACAAUGUACUAGCAAAUCAUUACUUAAAAGUAUGUAGGAACAGUGGCAAGAACUGAAUUACAAGGCUUAGUUACUUCUCUUAAAGAUAGCAACAACUAUUUCAUAAGAUGCAUCAAAUCAAACGAUUAAAUGAUACAAGAUCAAUUUAAUUAAUCAUUCGUUCUAAAUUAGAUUAAGUAUUGUUGUAUAGUAGAGAGUCUGUAGAUGAGGAAGGAAGGUUAUGCAUACAGAAGAACAUAUUAAUAGUGUUAUUUUCAGUUUUUUGCAGUAGUGUAAUAGAAAAAGGUUGAUUACAAGACAGCAGUCAUUAAUUACAUGAAGAAAAACUUUGCAUUCACAGAUGAUUAAGUGUUAUUUGGAAAUAGAAUGGUGUUCUUUAAAUAUCAAACACAUAAAAUCAUUUAACAGGAAAUUAAGAAAUAAAAUAACUUAAAGCAUUAGGCUGCAUCCAAAUUGUAGAAUGCUUGGAUUUGUUAUAAAAACAAAAUGAUAUUUCGAGAAUUUCAAUGCAGAGUUAUAUACAUUUAAGCUCACAUUAGAGGUUAUUUAGAAAGACAAAGACAUGUUAGACUUAUGCAAUCUAUUGUGUUUAUAUAAUUUAAAAUUAGAGAGUGGUUAAAGAAAAUACAGUAUAAAAGAAAUUUAUAGGCAGCCAAAGUAGUUCAAACAUAUUUUAAGAGAAUAUGUGCAAUUAAGUAGAUGAUAGUUGAAGAAUAAUGUGCAAUAAAAAUACAAAGAUUUGUAAGAGAAAAACAAUAGUAUUAAGAUUAAUAAGUUGAAAGUGACAUAAAAAAAUUACUAUACAAAGUGACAGAUUAAGCUUGGAAAGUUAUUGUAUAUAGAGCUGCUACUAAAAUUCAGAAAACAUGGAAGGGUUACAUUACACGUUUAAUAAAUGAGGAUAAUAUACAAUCUAUUAAGUUAGCAGGAUUUUUAGUAACAGCCAAUCAAGCUGCAAUUACUAUUUAAAAAUAUGCUAGAAGACAAUAUUAAAGAAGAUAUUUUUAAUCAUUGAGAGCAGCCACUACUUACAUUUAGGGGUGGAUUAGAAGUAAGUGGUUGAGAAAUCUAUUUCAAAGGAUCAGAUAUGCGGCAAUCGUAAUUUAAAGAGGAGUGAGGAAAUAUUAUAAUUAAUAUAGAAAACAACGAAAGUAUGAAGAUCUAGUUCUGAAACCUUUGGAGAAUGAAUUGAAUAGGAUAAGAGAAUAAGAAUUUAUGAAUUUGCAUGAUAGUUAUAUUGAGAAUAUAUUGGAUGCUGACUAAGAAAAUAUUCCUGGCAAAAAAAUUGAUUUAUUCAGUUAAGUAAUAGAUUUGGAGAUAUUGACAGAUGUAAGUGAAAUCUAUGAUACAUUAUGGACAUCCUUAUAUAAGAGAUGUUUCAAAGAAUGUUAUGAAAAAUAGAAUUAUAUUUCAACAUACUCUAUAGGAGAAUGUCAUGCAUAUGUUGGAACAUUACAAAAUAAAAUCUACUCUUGGGGAUUGAAUGAUUCAUUAUAGUAAGGAUUGCUUAAAUAAAAUGCAAACAAAAUUAAUUCGAUACAAUUUCCAUUUAAAGUAAAGUCUAUCAAAUCUGGAGCUAAUCAUGGAUUAAUUUUAAGUUAAGAAAAUGUUUUAUAUUCAACAGAUGAAAAACAGAGUAUUUUAAAGAAUGUUAAAUUGUUCUCUGUAUACAAUGACGAUAACGUGGCUGUAGAUGAAAACAAUUUAAUUUAUAUAUGGAAAAAGAAACACAAAAAUCCAAUAGAACUGAAAUCAUGGACUGCAUUCAUAAGAAUGAGUUAGAUUUAAUAAAAGAUUUAAGUACAUCAAAUUUCCCAUGGGUUAUCAUUCUUCAUAGUGUUGUCUGCAAAUGGGAUGAUGUUCUCUAUGGGUGAAAAUACAGUAGGAGAACUAGGAAUAAAUAGAGGUCAUUCGAAAAAUGAAUUAACUUUAAUUGAAUUAUCUGAUAAAAUAGCAGAAGUGCAUUGUGGUAUGAAGCAUACUAUUGCCAAGUCUACUUUAGGAAAAGUGUACACUUGGGGUUGGGGUCAAAUGGGAUAAUUAGGACAUGGAAACCUUAAAGAUGAAGCAUUUCCAAAGAUGUUGCCAUUUGAAUCAAAGGUACUUUAGGUUAUGGCAGGUCACAAGCAAUCAAUUGUGAUUUUGGACACAAGAAAGAUUUAUUGGUGGGGUACCAACUCAUGCUUACAAUACCAAACAAGACCAGUUGAAUACAUGACUAAUUAUCCAGCUAUUAGAGUGCUAUGCAGUUGGAGCAGAACUUUGAGUGUUGUGUAUAUAACAUUUGCCAAGACUUAUAAAUGCAUAGAUAAUAACAUCAAAUUGAAAAAUAAGAUUAUCAAUCAGAUGGUUAGCAAGUGGAGUGAGAAUGACAUCUAUUCGUUAGAUCCUCCUUACUGUGAUAAUUUGGCUAAUUAUUUCAAUCAAAUGAAAAAGCCUUAAUAAAAAUUAAACAUCAAAUUUGCUUCAAAAAUUGAACAUCAACAAUUAGUUAAAUAACUCUAGUAAUCUCCUUUUAAUUUACUCGAUGAAGUCAAAGACACAAGUUGCUUCUUUAGUUUCAAGAAUGAGUCGAAUAUAUAAUUGUAAAGAUAGUUAUUGGAACAUUCGGAAAAUACGGAUAUCAUCAAUGCCAAAUCUUAUCAUAUCGAUAAUUCAAAUAAACUCAAAUUGCUGAAGUCUGUUAAAAAAUAUCGAAAUGAUCCUUAAUUAUAAGAAAUACUAAAAUAAUCUGAAUUAACAAUCAAAAUGAGUGAGGAAAAUAAGUCAGAAUAACAAUUGGUCUUUUCUGUAAUAGAGGAAGGCUAUUUCGAUUAAUUACUUAAGAGAGUACUCAGAAAAACCCAAGAACCCUAACAUCCAAUAUCAUUGAAGGAGGCUCAAGCAAUCGUGAACACUGUUUCUCGAUCUUCAGAUUUGUAGUCAAUAAAGGAAUUAGGAUUCAAAGAUUUUGUUGGCUACUUGCAAUCUAUAAGGGAUGUUUAUGUUGAGUAUAGAAAAUUUCAAAAAAAAGUACAAUCUUCAGAUAUUCCUGAUGAUUUAGAUGAAAUGGUAUUAGGAUGCUACAAUACAGUGCCUGCAUAUUUCUUCGAUUAACCAUUCCGAUUCAAUUAUCAACUAUUCUCAUUAGGCAAGGAUAAAAUUAAUCAGUAUUUAGAGGAGAUCAAGGAUCAUUUAGACGAUGUAGAGAUUACUUUAUUCUUCUAAAUUAAUUCUCGCUUUGACAAAUUUCUCAGCGUUAUAUUAAAUCUGAAUGAGAUGAAUUAAAUCAUAGAUUAGAAUAUUAAGAAAGUCAAGAGAAUACGUGAAAUUUACAGUGAAACUAGAGAGCAUAUGAUUAAAAAGAGCACUGAAAUCACAAAGAAGAAACAAACAAUUGAAAAGGUUGAAAACAUUUUGUUCACUCUUAAACGCAUUUAGUCGAUUUAAAAGAGUUUCGUAACAUUAACAGAACUUAUAAAUACUAAGAAAUAUUCCUAAGCAGUCUAAUUGCUAAAAGUAAGUGAAUAGACAUAUCAAACUAUUAAAUCAAUCACUGGCUUAAAGUUUAUACCUUAAAAGUUAGAACAAUUACAGAAGACUCUAUAAACCACAAUUUUGAAUCAUCUUCUAUCAAUAAUGCUUACUCAAAUGACAUCUUUAUUAGCACCAAACAAAUAACUUAUUAAUUAAAUAAAUCAUCAAUUGAAUGAUCAUGAAGAUUCUGUGCUUGCCAAUUCUUAUGUUAAUGAUAGUUGGUUUGAAUAGUAACAGCAAUCAAUGAUCACUCCUAAUAAGCAAUCAGAUGAUAGUUUUAUUAAAACCCUAUUGUCUUCUUCAGGCAUUAUUGAUAUGGCAGACAAAAUAUUUAAAUAGAAAGUCCUGGAGGAAUUGUAAGGGUAUUAUUAGGAGUUUCUCAUUGCACUUAAGAAUUUCUUCAAUCAAGAGGAAGCUGAGUAAUAAAUGAAAUUCGAUGAGUAGUCUAUCAUGGAAUAAAUAUCUUAGUAUAUGGAGGAACAACCGUUAAGCAUCUUUAUUAAGAUUGUUUAAUUCUUUUCUGAAAAUUUAAAGAAGACUAUUAAUCUAUAAAUUGCACUUGCACAAUCAAUUGCCAAAAAUGUAUUGGAUCAACCUAAACACAUGGAGAUUAUCGAGGAACACUUUUCCAUUCCAGUGGCAAUGUUGAAAUUUGCUAAUGAAAAGGUUGCCUUGCUCUUAUCCUCAAAGAGAAUUGCAUCUGACUCUUCAGUCAAGGAUUUUAUAGAUUUACUUUAAGUUUAUAAAUUUUGGGAUUAAUUUUUUUUAUAGGACAUGUCCAGAAUUAAUGAGGAUUUACAAAUCAAUGAUAAAAUAAUGUAAAAAAUUAGAGGAUAAUAUUAGAAAUGUUCUAUAAAUCAAUUAGUUUAUAUGCGUAGCGCUCAGGAAAAGUAAUAUCUCUAAAAUUUUCAUAAAGAGAAGAAAACACAGUUGAAUAAAUAUCUGGAGAAUGAGACAUGGUUGGCAUCUGAUGUGUCCUUUGAUAACUAUGAAAUUAUUACAUAUCUAUUGGAUCUGGAAGACUUGAAAUAGGUUGAAUAGUUGGAUGAAAGUGUUCUUCUUAAUAACAGCACAAUGGCAGGGAAGAAUCUAUUGCCUUCCUAUGUAAAUAAUUCACAUUUCAAAAUUAUUAAAACUGAAAUUAUCAUCUUAAAGGACAAUUCUAAAUAUAAAGUAACACAAGCAUUCUUAUUCUUUUUAUAAGCUAUAAGCUAAUAUUUGCAUUUAUUUGAAUCUUACUCAGUAAUCAAUUACGAACAGACCUAAAAGUUGGUUGAACUUAUAAAAUGUUACAAUUCUUUAGCCACACAAUACAUUUUGGGAGCUGGAGCUGUGCAUUUUGGUAAAAUUUCCACGAUUACAGCUAAAAAUUUAGCGAUUUCCUCAAUAUGUUUGAGGUUAUUCUUAUACUUGUUGGAUCCCUUAUCAAAUAAACUAUUUAAAGUGAUCAAUCAAUAAUAACAAACCGAAUUCACUAAUCUACAACAAAUCCAGAAUGAUUUUGCAACGAUCAAAGUGGACUAUGAAAAUCACAAUGCUGAAGUAAUGGCCAAACUUACGACUAUAGUGCAGGAUAGAUUUUAUAAACAUUUCGAAGACAUUGCUAAAUUAGAUUGGAAUGAUUCUUAAACUAAAAUUACUGUUCCAACUAAGAUGACCAAUCAGAUCUGUUAGAAUACGCGGUCUUUAUAUGUGGCUAUAGAGGACAUCAUUACAAAGGAGGAUCUUUGCAAGGUUUUUGGACACAUUGUAUCGAUUCUCAAUUCAGAUUUUGUGAAGAUAUUUAAAUAGCUCAAUAUAACUUCUAAAAUUGGGUUUACGAGGAUUAAGGAAGAGCUGGACUAUUUUAUGAAUUCUUUAAAGGACAUAGGACAGUUGCCUCAAUUUUUGGCUGAUCAAUAUAAAAGUUUGGAAUCAGAUAUCACUACGGUGAUGGAAAGUAAACAAUAAUGA